CACGUGAUCGGAAUCGCCGAACGAGCUCGCCUUAGUGUACGAUUUGUGUGACAAAUUUCACGCCGUUUUUUGACUUUCGAGACAUCCUCCCUCAAAUCAUAUUGGCUAGUGACCUGCAGGCGCCUCCCACUCAACCAGAGGUCUGCACACAGCAGGCAAUGUGGUGCAGUCGCGUUGCACUUCGUCAGCUCCAGCGAGCUACUGUGAAGCCGUUGAUUCUUGCUAGGGCUCCAGCAGGCUUCAUACAAAGGGACACGUCAACUCUUCCUCGGGUGUAUGUCACCCGCCAGAUCCCACCAGAGGGCCUGAAGAUCCUCCACGAAUCUGGACAAGUGCAGUUUGAGCUGUGGGACUCCGAUGAUGUCCCAGUACCGAGAAAAGAGCUUCUUCAGAAGGUCAAAGGUGUUGAUGCCCUCCUCUGUGUACUGACCGAGAAGAUUGAUGCCGAACUGUUGGAUGCUGCAGGUCCCAACUUGAAGGUCCUCAGCACCAUGUCUGUGGGCUUUGACCAUCUCUCUCUGGAGGAGCUGAAGAGAAGAGGAAUCCGUGUGGGUUACACACCUGACGUUCUGACAGAUGCCGUCGCCGAACUGACCGUAGCUCUGCUGUUAGCGACUUCCAGGAGGCUCAUCGAGGCCACACAUGAAGCCAAGACCGGAGGUUGGGGGACUUGGAGAACUCUGUGGCUGUGCGGACAUGAGCUGGCCAACAGCACCGUGGGUAUUUUCGGCCUGGGGAGGAUUGGUGUGGCUAUUGCUGACCGCUUGGCUCCCUUUAAAGUGAAAAAGUUUAUCUAUACAGACAUGGGCCCACGGCCAGACUUGGCCAGUAAAAUUAAUGCAGAGUAUGUGUCUUUUGAUGAGCUGGCAAAGCAGUCAGAUUUCCUGUUAGCGUGUUGUGCUUUAACACCUGAAACAAAUAAGAUCUGCAACAAGAACCUUUUCUCCAAGAUGAAAACAAACUCCAUCUUCAUCAACACAAGCAGAGGUGGCGUGGUGAAUCAAGAGGACCUGUAUGAGGCACUGGCCACGAAUCAAAUUGCUGGCGCUGGACUCGAUGUGACUGUCCCUGAGCCCCUACCCACUGACCAUCCACUCUUUACCCUCAAAAACUGUGUGAUUUUGCCACACAUCGCCAGUGCCUCCUACAGUACCCGCAACUCCAUGUCCAGCCUGGCGGCAAACAACCUCCUACUCGGCCUCCGCCGUGAACCAAUGAUCAAAGAGCUAAAACUGUGAGCGAGAACUGGCAAAAAAAA